AUGUUGUCGCCUCAAGCUCUAGUAGGAGCACUGCUGCUCUCAGCGGUUCCUUCGGCCCUGGCUGAGACCUGCCAGGCGCCCAUUAACCACCCGGGAGAGCCUUACAGCUAUGUUCAACCUCGGAAUACGACUAUCUUGACUGAUGGUCACUCUUCAGCUUUUCUUCCUUCACCAAACAUGACUGGCAAUGGUGGAUGGGAAGCAGCCCUAGUCAAAGCCAAGAAAUUUGUGAAUAAGCCCACGCUUGAAGAAAAGUCUUGGAUGGCAACAGGCCAGCCCGGCCCCUGUGUUGGAAACGUUCUUCCCAUUCCCCGUCUCAACUUCACUGGUCUUUGCCUCCAGAAUGGUCCUCAAGGUAACGCCAUGGCCAAGGAACAUAAGGCAAAGGGCUCCCAUGUCAUCUUGGGACCUAUCGGAGGACCAUUGGGCCGCAGUCCCUAUGAUUCUCCCACAUGGGAGGGCUUUGCUGCAGACCCCUACCUCACUGGUGUGUGCACGGAGGAGACCAUCAACGGCAUGCAAAAUGCUGGUAUUCAGUCCAAUGCUAAGCACUUCAUUGUCAACGAGCAAGAAACCCAGCGAAACCCUUCAUACGCCCCGGACGCCAACGAGACCACCUACAUCCAGGAUUCGGUCUCUGCAAACAUCAAUGAUAGUACCCUGCAUGAGAUCUACAUGUGGCCCUUUGCAAAUGCCGUCCAUGCGAAGGUGGCUAGUGCUAUGUGCUCGUAUAACCGUGUCAACGGCUCCCACUCGUGCCAGAACUCUUGCCUUCUAAACCACCUUCUCAAGGGCGAGCUUGGCUUCCAGGGUUAUGUCAUGUCAGACUGGGGUGCUACCCACAGUGGUGUUGCAUCCGUUAAAAGCGGAAUGGACAUGACCAUGCCUGGAGGUUUCACUCUCUAUGGAGAGGAAUGGACCGAGGGUUCUUUCUUGGGCAAGAACCUGACUUUAGCUGUGAGGAACCGCACUGUUGAAGUCUCUCGUCUGAAUCACAUGAUCGUGCGCAUCAUGACACCAUACUUCUGGCUUGGCCAGGAGAAGAACUACCCCAGCGUUGAUGCUUCAGUGGGCCCGCUCAAUGUUGAUUCCGCUCCUGAUACUUGGCUCUAUGACUGGAAGUUCACUGGCGAAACCAACCGUGACGUUCGGACUAACCAUAGUGCCAUGAUCCGCGAGCGCGGUGCCUCCUCCACUGUCCUGCUCAAGAAUGAACGCAAUGCAUUGCCACUUCGCAAGCCUCGCAACAGCGUGAUUGCCGGUAAUGAUGCCGGUCCUCUUACGCAAGUUCCCAACCUUCAGGCCGACUUCGAAUAUGGCCAUCUCGCUGGCUCUUCGGGCUCUGAGGAAUUGGAGCCUCCCCUGUGGAUCCCACAGCAGCCUGACGUUUGCCUUGUCUUCCUUAAGUCAUUUGCUGCUGAGGGUAAGGACCGGACUUCCUUGAACCUCGACUGGAACGGAAAUGCUGUUGUCGAGUCUGUCGCCAACGUCUGCAACAACACUGUCGUGGUCACAAACUCUGGUGGUAUCAACGUCAUGCCCUUCGCCGAUAACCCUAAUGUGACUGCUAUCUUGGCCCAGCAUUACGCCGGAGAGGAGUCUGGCAACGCCAUCGCCGAUGUUCUCUACGGUGAUGUCAACCCAUCUGGCAAGCUGCCAUACGUGAUUGCCUACAACGAGACAGACUACAACGCCCCCUUGACCACAGGUGUUGAGACCAACGGCACUUGGGACUGGCAGAGCUGGUUUGACGAAGAACUCGAAGUUGGAUACCGCUACUUCGAUGCCAACAACAUCUCCAAUAUUAAGGCAAAGAGCUCUGUCCCCUCCAAUCUGACUGCCCUCCCUGUUAAGCAGGCUACCCAGCCCGGUGGUAACCCCGCUCUCUGGGAUACAGUGGUCACCCUCGAGGCUGAAGUCUCCAACACCGGUGACGUUGAUGGAUUCGCUGUGCCGCAACUAUACAUUGAAUUCCCUGCUUCGACACCAGCUGGAACUCCACCAAGCCAGCUUCGUGGAUUUGACAAGGUCCACCUCACAGCUGGCGAGAAGAAGACUGCCAAGUUUGACCUGAUGCGUCGGGAUUUUAUUUACUGGGAUGUCACUGCUCAGGACUGGCGAAUUCCUAUUGGGUCUUUCACCUUCAAGGCUGGAUUCAGUAGCCGUGACUUCCACUCAAAGAAGACUGUGACGCUGAUCAAGGCAUGA